AUGAGUUUUAUGCUGCUUGUGCCCUUAGGUUUACUGUUGCUUGCGUCCAUUGGUUAUCUGACUGUUGCUGUCAUUGGUACUCGGUGCAACCAUGUCAUUGGUUUUGUGGCUCUUCCUGCGGUCGGUAUUCCAUCCCUUGCGUCCAUUGGUUAUGUGGCUGAUUUUCAGUCUGUUGUGUCCAUUGGUUGUCUGGUUGAUGUUGCCAUUGAUGUUCAGUCUGUUGUAUCCAUUGGUUGUCUGGCUACUGCUGCCAUUGUUGUUCGGUAUGUUGCGUCCAUUGGUUCUCUAGAUCAUGCUGCCAUUGAUUUUCGGUCACUUGCGUCGGCUCCUCUUCUUUCGCUUUUGUCCCACUCCCUAACACCCCAGUACAUUUUUUACUUUUACGUUGGUUAUUUGGAACGAUUUCCUUACAUGUCCUUGCAUUAUGAGUUGUGCUAUGGCAUCUACUACACCUUCUUAUUUUUGGUUCCUCGCCUUAAGAAGGAAUACGUUUGGUGUUUUUUGGUCUACCGGCUUGUCGUAUUUCCAUCACAGGAGGAUUAA